AAUGUGGAGUAGAAUCGCAUUACGAGCGGGCUGAGUAACGGAGCGGGCGCGGAGCAGAGCGUAUCGCGUGUCGUCUCCUCGUUGACGAGCAGUGUUCUCGCGCGGAAUAUUCCUGCUAGUCAGUCGCGUGCUGACCAGCCAGCCGACCGUGCGUACCGCUCCAACCCUUCUCUCACCGGGUCGCACUCUCACCUGUCUCCGUUUCGUCAUCCGUCACUGAAAGUCCCCUGGAAAACUCGCAUGACACAUCUCCACGCUGUCCACGUGACAAAUCCGCGCGUUACGCCGCGAGAAUCUGCACCCGAGAUCGACCCGAUCUCCAGUCUCACCUACCACCUACCGGAGAUACCGUAUAAGCCACCACGUAUCCAACAGUGAAGACCAGUCUGAAUGGACUAGUUGAUCGAGCAUGAACAGUUAACGAGGGCGAGGAAACGUUCUCGCUUGGGAACGCGUGUGCGAACAGAUCGAUCGAAUCAGGGCUGGUAGGGUGGCGUUGAGAGUUGCCAGUGAUCGAUUGGAACGAUAACGCGGCGUGGAUCCGGCUAACCGGUCGAAAGGAAGAACGUACAUGAGCCCGAUCGACGCUCCUUCCCGCUUCAUGAGUCGCGUUCGACCGUCUCGGAUCUGAGGAUCCGAUCGACGUCGAAGGGCCCGCGCAUUGUUCCCGAUUGAUCUUCGCCCGGGUGGAGAGAAGAAGAAGAGGAACGAUGCUGAACGACAACGCGUGGAAGCACAGGCGGCUGCUUGUCCCGAAGAGAACCAUCGAGCUGAUCGCUCUGAUCGCGAUUUCCAGCACUCUCUUCCUCUUCCUGCACACCAGGGAGCUGCACUCACGUCUGCGAAAAAUGGAGGUUCGCCUCCAACCUGGCGAAGACGAGAUGCUGUCGGCGAAUCAACUCUCAUCCGAAGGAGUGCAAACUGAUUCUAGUCCAAGUGGAAUCCAUUAUCCAAACAGACAUCGUGUCUUCGCAGUAAAGAGUCUUAGAACAAAGUACGAGAUAAGUAAGAGAUAA